UGCUCACAGCUCGGUCUGCUGCGUAUUGUUCACGGUUUCUCCUUUUAGUGUUGGAGAGUAGAGCACGUCUCUGUCGACAUGGCCAACCCUAGAGUGUUUUUUGACAUCACCAUCGAUGGGGAAAAUGCAGGAAGGAUUGUGAUGGAGUUGAGAGCCGAUGUGGUCCCAAAGACUGCUGAGAACUUUAGAGCUCUGUGCACUGGAGAGAAAGGUUUUGGCUACAAAGGUUCCAGCUUCCACCGUGUCAUCCCAGAAUUCAUGUGUCAGGGUGGCGACUUCACAAGACACAAUGGAACUGGUGGAAGGUCCAUCUAUGGUGAGAAGUUUGCAGAUGAGAACUUCACUCUGAGGCACGUGGGCCCUGGCACCCUGUCCAUGGCUAAUGCAGGACCCAACACCAAUGGCUCACAGUUCUUCAUCUGCACUACGAUAACCGAAUGGCUCAAUGACAAGCACGUUGUGUUCGGGAGCGUUGUUGAGGGCAUGGAAGUCAUCCGCAUUAUAGAAAGGAAAGGAAGCAAGAGUGGUGCUUGCCGUGGCAAGAUCAUCAUCGCUAACUGCGGCCAACUUUAAAUACCACUCAACACCUAGCUUCAGUCUUGUUCAUUCCUUUAAUUUUCUUAUUGAAACACUUGUAUCAUGACCAUGUUUUGGUUCACAUCAUUAAUACUUUUGUUAAACAAAUGUUCUAUUUAAAGGCUGAACAAGAACCUCUUCCAUUUUUCAUCUGUGUUGUUCUAUUGUGAUUGCCUCAGGCAUUAAAUGAGGUUUUUCCUCCCUCCCUCCCUCCCUCCCCCAGGCAUAAAGCUCAUGUCCCAGAAUAUCAUUCUCUUGAAAUUUCUAGGACAAAAGUGGAUAUUAAAAUUGUUCUUGGAAA